AUGCCGAGCAAUAUGAAUGGCAACACGCAGGCCGACCACGGCAUCGGCAUCGGCAUCCCCUUAGCCGCCGCCGGCGCCAUACACAAACCUUUCGUCUCUCCUUUAGAGCUGGGUUCGCCCAAAAUCAGGAACCCGUUCCUGCCCUUGAGCCUCGCGACAUCUACUUCGGCUCCCUCACAAGACACUCAGCCUCUUGCUCACCAAACACCCAGCAAGUCCAAGGACCACCACCGCAUAACCAGUCGCGCCAAACCCUCUUCCAGACUUGAAAAACUAUACAGACGUUACCCAAAUAGCGAGCGAGCGCGCAAUGUAUAUUUAGCAAAGCGGUUGUUGUGGAGGCUGAAGAGAGCCUCGCUGGCUGUCAUGGACUCAUCCAGCGUCUCUUCUCUGCUCGCUGUGAAAGAGAAGUCGGCUGGCUCUGUCACCGUGAGAGACAAGUCAGUUGAGCCAUUGACUGCAACAGUGAAGUCGGUUGAUUCUCUCACCGCACGAGAGAAGUCAAUUGACUCUGUCGACCAUGGCAGCGCCGAGAGCAGCGCCCGGAGCAGCACCAAGUCGGAGCAUAGCUCCCCAGAGCCCCUCUCAGAUUCCACCAACAUCACCACCCCAGACUCAUCUGACUCUGAGGCUAAAGUGAAUGAGUCUCUGUUCAAGGUGAACGGCGUCGGCGGGGAAAAUAUUUCACAAAAGCAGAGCAGCAAGAACCUCGCAGUUGCACAACUCCUCACCACCAACCAACCUUGUUUACCUGCUUCACCACUGCGACGAAUGGCGGAAAAAUCCACCAAGAUGGCAUUAGAGACUCAGGUCAUAGAAAAGGUCAAGAUGCCCGACUCAAAAAAUGUCAUGGAUAUGACCAUGGCCAAAGCCACCCAGGCACCCAAGGUCCCGGCUGCUCCCCCCAUUUCUUGCAGCGGUGCUCUGGAGGGACCUGCCAAGUCGCCCGCCCCCGAGAAGGAGGAAAAGAAGGAGAAGAAACGCAAGUUCGACGACAAGAGCGUCGACGGCGACGACCAGGCGCCUGGCUCGAAGAAGCCCAGGGCCGAGGCCAAGCCCGAAGCCAAGCCCGCCAAAGUUGACCUCAACGACGGCGCGCCGCGACCAGAGAGGAACUUCUACGCCCAGCGCGCCUGGGACAUGCUAGACGACCCCCUUGGCUACGACGACCUAGUUCACGAUGACCCAAGACCGGGGCAGCGCGAAAAGAUCAUGCGGCGAUUUAAGCGCUUCCGCAGUCGCCAGCGCGCCCCUCCCCCUUUGGUCGUGAGCGGCGGUCUCGGCGUCGACAUCGAGAGCCCUCGCCCCAUCGCCAGCCCUAAAGGCAACGGCCAGAAGCGGCCGGACCAUCUCGCCAAGACGGUGGCGAAGAAGAUGCACAACAAGCACGUUGUCGAACUCGUCCGAGGCGCAAAGAACGGCAACAGCGAUGUGCUGGCCUCGGGAGCUGCCAGCUCCCAGUCGUCUCCCAAGAACAAGUCUGGCCGCAAGAACGCGGCAAAGUCAGAGAAUUCUACCGGAUCUGUCGGCCCGAAGGGCCCCGAGAUGGGAGCCAAGGAUACCAGCACGGAGCGUGCAAGCCCAAAGUCGGGAGUGAAUAGCAGCAAGGCCGGUGGGAAGAGCCCGGCCGUGGAAGGCAGGAAAUUUGGCCACGAGUAUCCGUAUGUGAGCCCCAAGGCGUCGGGAGCCAAGGGCAGCGAGGCUAGUGUGAAGGGCGGGGGUUCUCCCAUGUCGUCGUCAUGGCCUCCCAAGGCGGGCCUGUUCAGGGAGAAGUUGGGCCGGAAAUACACAGCUAGCUCGCGCAAAUACAUCGACUGCACAUAG